AUGCGGCAGGGAAGCGGCACAAUCUUCUACCCCAGCGGCACGUUGUACGAAGGCAAGUGGCACAACAACAGGCGCGAGGGUAUUGGCUGCCUCUCCAGCCCCAAGGGGUACCAAUACUCGGGGGAGUGGCGUGACGAUGUGCCUCACGGGGAGGGUUACGAGGUGUUCGCAUGCCGAGUGGCGAUCGACGCGCGCUACGAGAACGGAGUCCCGGAGGGAAUGGGCGCCAUGCUGUAUAAUCCAAAGCUGAACGCAUACCGUUACGAGGGUGAUUGGCAUAAUGGCCGACGACACGGAAAGGGAGUCAUAUUCUACGCCAAUGGAGAUACAUUUGCUUGUAUAUUUAAUCAUGGAAAGCGCCAUGGACGUGGUGUGACGACACAGGCUGUUAAUGGGCGAGUGAUUCAGUACGAAACUGAGUGGCGUGAUGACAAAUUAAUCAGUACCCCAAAGUUGAUUUCAAAGGCACUUCAUACAAGUAAGCCCGUGUCAUUCAUUCCAUAUAGGACAAAAGGAUAUUUGACUGCCACUGACAUCACAAAAUGGGCGGUGAAGGAUGAGGCACUUGACCUUACUUACGAUCAUUUUAUGCAGCUAAAGCUUGGCUUUGAAUCAUUGGAUGUGGUGGGGUGCGGCUUUCUUCCACUAAAUGAAUUGCAUGCGGUAUGGCCAGAGAGUAAUAUGGAUAUGUUACAGAAGUUGGAGGCAGACGGUAAAGAUAGCGUUCAGUUACUCGACAUCUUUGCUGGAUGGUAUCCCAACAUGUCGGGACAUGACAUUGCACGUUUCAUGCAAGAGUUUAUCUCCCCCACUGAAUUGCUGCGGCUUAGGGGAUGCCUGAAUGGCGUAGAGGAUGCUGACGGCAUUGGGUACUACCAUGUCGUUGGCGAUACUUCCCCGUUGAGCAAAGACGGGGAUCAGCGGCCACCACUGCACCUGCGGGAACUUGAGGUGAACCAGCACCGCAUCGGCGGGGAGAAGUUCACGGCGGCAAACUACGCAGCGGCAUGCCAGCUGCACGACCCCCCACACUUCCUUGAUGUGCUGGAGGUGUGGUACCCAAAUAUACUGCGCGUCACUCUGGAGCAGUAUGAAAUAGAAGAGAUUGGUACAGACAUUAUUGACGCGAUACGAGUAGACUUCAACCGUUAUACACAUGAAAGCGAUAGUCGUGGUGCCUAUCUUUUGAUUGACGAGUUUGUUCAAGCAGAGGCCAGAUAUCGGGAGCGCCUACUUGCAGCACAUCAUAGCGUUCCAAAGAGUACGACAGCUGUACAGCUGAUUUCCCCCACUCUCUCGACUCCAAGGCAACUUCCUGUUGGUCUGCCCAUCGAGAAUGCCGUCGAGGCUGACAUGCGGCGAGGUUUUCUGAAAGGUACUGUUAUGUGGGUUCUUGGCAAUCGCAUACGCAUCAGCAUACCUCUUCUUGUUGAGAUUGAGAAUUUUUACGUGAGCCGUGCAGGUCAAAUCAGGCUUGACGAGCUGCUUCGCUUCUGUUUCCCCAACGUUGCUUGUCUGCGAACGCAAGAAGCCCUCCUUGGGCAGUUCAGCCAGACACCUUGCCUGUGCAGCUUGUGCAAGACCGUCUUGGAGAUGUGA